AUGUGUGUCGUUGGAAGGAACGGCCCCCAGCACGCCGGCCCGCUCGACCGGCCGACCGUCAAUGGGCGCCACACCACUCAAGACGCCCUCCACCCCGCUAGCCACGCCGACCAAAGCGCGGUAUCCGCGGCAGCUGCGGAUGGGACGCUCUCGCGAAGGGCGCACAAGCCUCAUCAACAAGGCCCGCGAACCGCGGCGGCCAAGCGCAAGCCCUCGUCUGCCACCGCCACUGCGUCAUCACCCACCUCCACCGCGUCGCCUUCGAGAAAAGAGGCCGAGAAGUCCAUCAACCGGCUCACGGCCAAGCGGGACAACUAG